AUGGAGAUCGACGACCCGACCGUCUACUACGCACCCGCCUACGCCCCCUCACCCCCGCCUCCCCUCCCCUCUCCAUACCACAUCGCGCUCGCCGCCGCCGCCUCCUCCGCUUCUCGCCCCGCCGCCGCCGCCGCUCCUCCCGCCACCGCGACCGAGGGCGCUCAGAAGAAAAAGAAGGAGAAAAAGCCGCGCUACCGCGCCGACGCGUUCCUCAAGGCGCGCAGGCGGGACAAGGCGCUCAAGAGCCGCAACCCGCGGCAGCUGCGGAAGCGGUACAAGGCCGCCGAGCGAGGUGAGUCGUGUGGCCCCGCUUCCGGCGGGGUGGAGCGCUGCUGA